CGUAAUACGCCCGCGCUCACGCACACGGGCCCUGCUCGAGGCGCUGGGGGAGAAGAGAAGGGUCAAAGCCGCGAAGGGGAAAGGUACAGCUGUACGCCAGUUCUGGCCUGGAGGGAGGCAGGGCUGGCUGUCGGCUUAAACCGGUCUCUCCCUUCAGUCGGUGAAUGAUCGACAAAGAGCAUAUUUUGCCGUGUUAAUGAAAAGUUGGGAGUGAGCCAGCAGUCUGUGUUUCUUCUUCCAGUCACCCCCACCCCCACACACCCUGAAUUACAGGGUGGCUUGUUUUUGUUUUGCUUUCGGUGACAGGCAGAAAUAAGAGGAACGGGCGGCCUAGUUUUCUGACAGGAAAGAAGAUCUUCUUGUUUUUGGUGGUAGAGAGGGAGGAAGCGACGUUUCCCAUAAAGAAACGUGCGUUGUUUUUUUUACACACCCGUUUUCCGUCAGUUUUUAAGCUUUCUCCUCGCUUUCCCCCACGCCGGAUCCUGCAGUGAUGGUAAAUACGGUGUAAUAUUCAAGGAAAAAUAUGGGAAAUUGUUUGAAAUCUCCUACGUCGGAUGAUAUUUCUUUGCUUCAUGAGUCUUCUGACCGGGCGAGUUACGGAGACGGCACCGAAAUAGACCAGGAGCCGCCGCCGCCAUAUCAGGAACAAGCUCAGGUUCCUGUCUACCAUCCUACUCCAAGUCAAACCCGGCUGGCCACUCAACUUACUGAAGAAGAACAGAUCAGAAUAGCGCAAAGAAUAGGUCUCAUUCAACACCUGCCCAAAGGGGUCUAUGACCCAGGAAGAGAUGGAUCAGAAAAGAAAAUUAGAGAGUGUGUUAUAUGUAUGAUGGACUUCGUUUAUGGUGAUCCAAUUAGGUUUCUUCCAUGCAUGCAUAUUUAUCACCUGGACUGUAUAGAUGACUGGCUGAUGCGAUCCUUUACCUGCCCUUCAUGUAUGGAACCCGUGGAUGCUGCAUUGCUUUCUUCGUAUGAGACCAAUUGAGACGGCUUUGUCUUCUAUAUCUAGAUACCGUGGAUAAAACAAAAAUCCUGAUCUCUACCUUUUGAGCCAAAGAGUCAGAGAUUUGGAAAACCCUGAUUGUAUGCGAUCAUGUACUAAGUACAACACUGACGAUAACUCAUGACUGCAGUGGUUUAAAAACUUGUAUAUAAUACUUAAAUGCUGUUAUUAAAAAAAAAGUAACUUACAAAGCCCUGACCACAUGUGAACCUUAAAGAUGGGCUAAUACAUGUGAAAUAAUCAUUAAUUUGUCACAUAGCACAAAACCAUGAUUAUGGUGCAGCAUGCAUUUCAAACGUUUUUUUGUAAGACAUAACUCGCAUGUUAAAGGAACAGUAUCUUCUAUUUGACAUCUUAUUACGGCCAUUUAUAAUUGUUUUAUUUUUGAUGCAUGGAGUAUCGUUUUCACACAGAUUGAUGGUUCCAAAAGUAUCCCAUGCAGCAGAACUCUCAGGAACAAUGGGUGCUUACUUUCGUUUGGUAUAAUAAUUAUUUGGUGGCGGGGGGGCGGUAAAAAAGAGCAUUUCUAAACUCAUUUUUGAGACAUUCUUAAACUUUACAUCUGAAGCCUAAUAUACUUAAGAACGUGUGUGUGUGUGUGUGUGUGUGUGUGUGAGAGAGAGAGAAAAAAAAAGCAAGCGAAUGAGUAUCUGCUUGUAGAUUUUUAUAAAUAGUUAACAUUUAUGGUGUCUCAAUUGCCAGAUUCUUCAACACCCCUCUAGCCAGAAGAACCUCUGCAAAGACUGGCACAUUACUUGAUUUUAUUAAAGAAUACAGCAGUACUAUUGUCACUUAAGUGUUCCGCUACACCACAAUUUAUGAUUUGCAGGCACAUGAUUGAAGAGAUACUAAAUUUCAUAAUUUGGCCUAUUUUAAAGGAUACUGUUUCUAUACUGCAGUGUGUUAUGUUUAGUAUUGUGUGUUUUGGUUUGUUUUUUCAACAAUGAUUUGGUGGGAUACUAACAUUUUUGGUCAGGGCUUUGGUCAAGGAAAACUCGAGGUGCCAGUACAGCAAAUAACUUGUGAAGAAGAUUGAAAUGUUUAUUUGCUGCCUUUAGUUUUGAAGGAUCAUUUGACUUCAGUUCAAAUAUGUAGUGGUACUUAAAUGCAUGCUUAAGGUUGACUUGAUAAUAUCUCCCACCAUCCAUCAAGCAAUGUCAAUACUGAUUAAAAGAGAAAAUGCAAAUGCUGAGCCUGUGGACUAUUGUCCUGCGAGAAAAAUGCCUUUGUGUGCAAAAACCGGAAGAAUACACUGCGAAUGAAUUGUGAACAAAUUAGAUUAUUUGACAAAAUUUUGAUGCAAAGAUUGAACUCAAUUGAAAUUAGAAUUUUACAGUCUGAACAGGCACUUGAUCCUGUAUUUGUUUGGCAGUUUGUCCAUAAAACAUUAAGAUCACAAUUCCAAUGAUAAUGCUUUUGUAUUAAGAUAAAUUGGCAGAACAUACAGCACAAUUUACCUACGUUGGCUUGGUAAUGAGCCUCCACCAUCUCAACUGAAGUAAUGGCACAAUUAAAAUCUAUCUAAUCUGGCUGACAUUAGUUGCAAGGGAGAAAGAACAGUGAAGCUUUAGAAUAUUAGUGAAUAAACAUUAAAUAUAUUUAAUCAGAAAUACCAGUUGCAUUUGCAAUUUUUAAAAAAUGAAAUAGAAUAAUAUAGUAGCUUGUUUGAAGAAGUGUUCUUCAUGAAAAUGUACUUGUCAAGCACAGUGAGGGAAGGUGAUGCUAUGAGCCAUCUUUAUGAUGUGCUAGUGAUUUGAAGCGAUUUUUAAAUGCAAUUUGUUGCUGUCAUAAAGUUUGCAGAUACUUUUUCAUGAAAACCGUGCCUCUUUUAAUAAGUUGAAAAAAAAUCAAGUUGUGAAAUCAAGAAAAUACUUUGUCGGACCUGGAGUUUUCCUUUUUCAUAAAAAAAACUUUAACACUGGCACAAAGAAGUAGGAAUUUAAGCUUUUUUGCACAGUUAUUUUCCAUUACAAAUGGAACUCAUGGCCUUAGGUCUUUUGAAGUGAUGUCUUGUUACAAGCCAGAUUAUCGUGGUGCUCAAAAAUUUGAUUUGGGAGACAUCUCUGAUCAUUUAUGCUUAAAAAAAGUUAGAUACUGCGUUUGGGAAAUGAGCAGGUCCACUGGUGUGCAAAGGUUCUUGUAAAACCAGAGGUGAAUGUUUUUCAAAAUGUUCACUUAAAUUUUGCAUUCAAAGUUCUAAUUUUUUUGAGCACUGAUAGCUGACUUGCAGGUCUUCCAAAUAAAUGGAAACUGCUCACAUAAAUGAAUAAUUUAAUGGGAGGUUUGUUUGUUCAAAUCAGCUUAAAGGCUUGGUGUGGCACUGUUUGCAAAAUAAGAGAUUUUAAAUUCAUACAUUUUCCCAUGUAACUUGAGGGACACAAGUUGCAAUAGCUGUCACCGUAUAGUUAAGAGCUGUUGGUCUUGAAUCAGUGAAAAGGAAGACCUGUAUUUGUGCAAUAUUUUCAAUUGAGAUACCAUAGUAUUUACAGCUGUUACUUUUAUGAUCAUUCCAUAAACUUUUUAGUAACUGUACAUUUACUGUAAUUAUGUUUAAAUUUCAAAGUUUGUGUGCACAUUGAGGUGCGCAAAUGUGGGAGUAAUCAAAAAACAUUGUGUGAAGCUGACAAGUUUUGAGUGUUCCAUUUUAUUUACAAGUGGCAUAUUUACACAAUUGAUGCAACAAUGGUGAAUUGGAUAGCCGAUUUGGUGGUGGUAUAUUUCUAGGCACUUUGUGUUAACAGCUCUCACACUGAUUUUUGUUUUGAUACUAUUUUAAAAGACUCUGAAUUCUCCAACCUUAGAAGAAUUGGCCUGCCCGCUUGAAUGUCUUGGCAGCAUGGUUUUUAAAUAAAGCAACCUUUUCUUUCCCUUGUAAA